CACGGACACUUUUAAAUGUGACACGCAUUUUUCUUUCUUUUUUUGGUUCCGUUCCCAGCUGUCAGUCUGUGACGAGCUUUCCAGAACAGUGUGUUUAGGUUCUGUGAGAUGUCCAGAUACGGUCGGCACGGAGGAGAGACUAAAGUUUACGUGGGGAACCUGGGCACUGGUGCAGGGAAAGGCGAACUCGAGCGGGCUUUCGGUUAUUACGGGCCUUUGAGAACUGUGUGGAUCGCCAGAAACCCUCCAGGAUUUGCCUUCGUGGAGUUUGAUGAUCCCAGAGACGCUGAGGAUGCCGUCCGUGGCCUCGAUGGCAAAGUGAUCUGUGGAACCCGUGUGCGUGUAGAGUUAUCGACAGGAAUGCCGCGCCGCUCCCGUUACGACCGCCCGCCCACUCGGCGCCCCUUCGACCCUAACGACCGUUGCUAUGAGUGCGGUGAGAAGGGGCAUUACGCGUACGACUGUCACCGCUACAGCCGCCGCAGACGGAGCAGGUCUCGUUCACGUUCACGCUCGCGCUCGCGCUCUCGCGGAAGGAGGUAUUCGCGGUCCCGCUCUCGCAGCCGCAGCCGAGGCAGGAGGUCGAGGUCCUUCUCUCCUCGCCGCUCUCGCUCCGGCUCUCCGCGGAGGUCCAGGUCUGGCACACCCAGAAGGUCCAGGUCUAGAUCACGAUCACGGUCCAGAUCUCGCUCUCGCUCUGCCUCUCGUCCGAGGAGCAGAUUAGGCUCUGUUGGGAGAUCCAGGUCUGGCUCUGCAGCUAGGAGUCGCUCUCCUUCUCAAAGCCCCGGCAGAAGCAAGAGCCCAGACCGAGACGACUGAGGAUCCUUCAGCGAUCUUUUUGUUCUGUGUUGUGUGUUUUUGUUUUUUUUCUUUCUUAUCUUUCUCUCUAUAUUUGUUUGUUUGCAUCUCUGUUUGAAAUUGAAGAUUGCUCUUACCCCCCCCAACCAACCCCCCCAUAUCUUGUUUACGUGACCAACAUGGUUGCAUUAUAUUCCGUAGGUCCGAUAUUAGGGAUGACCUUUUGUGCGGUGUUUGUUUAUAGAAGUAAGAAAUCAUUGUGUAUUUCUUAUUGAACACAGUAGAUGCUGUUUACAGUACAAAUAGGUUUGGAUUGCCUUUUUAUUUUAUUUAAUUUAAAUAUGCUUAGUAAAUUGAGUUCACAUUUCACAAAAA